AUGCUUUCUUCCUUUUUGGAAACCAAAAGUAGUGCUUCUUAUCUUAUCUCUUAGCUUUAAGAUUUAGAGUUGAUAUACCCUCGUUAAACAUGUGAUGCAUAUAUACCCUCAACUUUUAACAAAAAUAAUGUCAUGUGACUUUAACAAAAACUCUCACCAAAUAUUGUCACCCCUGAACUCAAUUCUAGCAUAUUUUUGUCAUCCUUUUAUGAUGGCGUGACACCUUUAUUACAUAAAAUAGCAUCCAUGUCAAGGGUGCCAUGUCAGUUAAAAGGAUUGACAAAAGGUGCCAUGUCAGCACAAAAGGGUGACAAAAAUACGCUAAAAUUAAGUUCAGGGUAAUAGAUCCUCUGUGAAGUUGAAGUGUGUCGUAGCAAAUUUGAUCAUAGUUCAGGGGUACCGGAUGCUUUACUCAAAACAAAUAUAUAUCACCCAUUUUCUUUAACUCAGCCUCUACAGUGUUACUCCAAUAAUUGUCAUUGCCUUUUUCUAUACUUAUUCUUUUAGUUCUCAGAAUUCUGUAUCAAACAAACAAGAAUAAGUCAGUUUAGCUUAUUUGAUCAUCUUUUCAUAUCAGAAUAAUUCAAUGGAAAUAAUAGCUACUGUUGUAUCUACUUGUGUUGUUGAGGUGGGGAGGUUUAUGUGUAGAUGCAUUUAUCCUAAGAUUGAAAAUGUUGUUUGUUUCUCAUUAAAUAUUGAUAAUCUGAGGAAGGAAAUGGAGCAGCUAACAGAGUUUAGAGACGAUAUCGAAGCGAAAGUGGAAGUAGCGGUGCGAGAAGGCUAUAAGCCAAACCCAGCUGUUAUCAAGUGGAUCAAAGAUGUUCAUGAGCUGGAGAAAGAAUGGGAGUCUAUGCAAGAAAGCAUCACAGCGGCGAAGUCGCUUACAUAUAAAUGCUGUCCAAAAUGCAGCCUUCGCUCGGAAGUCUCCACUCAAGCACGGAACAUCCGAGAUCAACUUUGUAGGCUUAAAGAGGUCGGAGAAAACCAUGGAUCCAACUUGGUGAUAGAAAAUUACCAGAUGAAAAAAGUUGAGCACAUCCCGGGACCAUCAAUAGAAGGCCAGCCAGCUGCAACAAGGAAUCUCAACGAGCUCCUACGACUAUUGGAAGAUGAUAAGGUAUGCAUCAUCGGUGUGUGGGGUACCGGAGGAGUUGGGAAAACUACAUUGGUGAAGAAUCUGAACAAUGAGCUCUUAAAGAAUGUGCCAAGUUCCAAACUGUCUUUUGGGGUUGUGAUAUGGGUUACAGUCCCCAAACCGCCAAUAGACGUAAGAAAGAUUCAAGAACAAAUUGCCAGUAGAUUAAACCUCACGGUAGAUAACGAGGCAAGUGUAGAAAGCAUUGCCAGCAAAAUCUGUGAAAGGCUCGAGAAAGAAACGAGUUUUCUUCUCAUAUUGGAUGACGUUUGGGAAGCUAUAAAUUUGGAUUAUGUAGGUGUGCCCCAACCUGAAUAUCCCGCAAGAAGCAAGGUCAUUAUAACUUCGCGUUUUUUGGAUGUUUGUAAGCAAAUGAGGACAGAUGUCGAAAUGAAGGUUUACACAUUGGAAGAGGAUGAAUCUUGGCAACUGUUUGCCAAAAAUGUGGGAGAUAUUGUCAAUCUGGAGCAAAUCCAUCCGUUGGCAAAGGAAAUUGCAAGAGAGUGUGAUGGUUUACCUUUAGCCAUCACUGUUGUUGGAUCAUCCAUGAGAGGGAAGACGAAGGUCGAGCUAUGGGAAGAUGCUUUGAAAUCACUUAGCAUGUCGGAACCUCAUAGCAAAGUUGUAGAAGAUAAGGUUUACAAGGUCAUCAAGUGGAGUUUUGAUUCUUUAGAAUCUCAGGAUAUUGAAUUAUCCUCAGAGCAAAGAAGGAAACAUGUGAACAAAAAGAGAGGUGAUAUUCGAAGUUGUUUCUUAUAUUGCUCCUUAUAUCCAGCGGCUAUUCCGACAGAUGAUCUCAUACAUUGCUGGUGGGCGGAGGGGAUCCUCGGUGAACAUGACAUGUAUGAAGAAGCCUACAACAGGGGAAUCACGUUGAUUGAGAGUCUAAAAGAUGCCUGCUUGCUAGAAGCCAAUAAGAUGCAUUAUGUUAAGAUGCAUGACGUGGUUCGUGAUGUUGCCAUAUGGAUAGCUAGUACCUUUGGGAAUGAACAGACUUUUGUUUUUCAAGCUGGAAUUGGGUUGACUGAGAUAUCGUGUAUUAAAAUAUCAGCUUCUGUCAAGAGAAUAUCUUUCAUAAGCAACGAAAUUGAAUGUCUACCUGAUUGCUUUACGAAAUGUCCAAAGACAACAUCUUUACUUUUGCAAGACAAUGAACCCCUCUACAGAAUACCCCCGGAAUUCUUUUUGGCAUUUCCAGAUCUAAGAGUUCUGAAUCUGAGGGGUAACACUAGUAUUAGAGCACUGCCUUCUUCCAUCAACAGUUUAUGUCAACUACGUGCUCUAAUACUAAAAAAUUGCUCUAACUUGAAAAAGUUACCACCUGUUGCUAAUCUUCACAAUUUGCAAGUGCUUGAUUGUGAUAAUACAGAGUUGCGUUGUCUGCCGCAAGGAAUGGACAAUUUGACAAAUCUGAGGCUAUUAAAUAUGACAAAUCCGAGGCUAUUAACUUUUCCUCGCGACGGUAAUCUGUCGCGUAGCUGUCUUGGAGCGACCUCUUUUGAUGAGAUAUCAUCUCUACAGAAUCUGACUUAUCUUUCUAUUAGAGUGGAUAACUCAUCAUGUUUCAAUAGAGAUUACACCUGGAUGACUAGAUUGAAAGGAUUUCUCAUUAAAGUUGGGGAAACUUCAUGUUAUGCACCACAUAUACCAUACAACAAGUCAAAAAGGGUGAUAAAAUUCUACAAGUGUGAAAUUUUCAGUUACGGAGAGCUCUCAGGCAUGUUGCAGUUUGCUUCAGAUUUGUACUUGGACAAAUGUAUGGGUCUCAGGAAGUUGAUUUCAUACAACACUUUUAAUGGAUUAAAACUACUAAAUAUAUACUACUGUUUUUGUUCUUUCGAACCAGUGGAAGGAGGAAGUGGACAAUUUGACCCUUUGCCAAAUCUGGAAUAUCUCGUCCUCGAAUCCGUAGAAAAUUUGAAGAGUAUUUCUGCUUUCUGUCAAUAUUUGGGUUUAAGAUUUUCUAAAUUACGCCAACUGAACAUCUCUUACUGUCCCAGUUUAACAUGUCUUUUCAACGAUGGUGGAACUUGUUCUGUACCCAAGCACUUGGAAGAAAUUACAGUUGACGAUUGCCGUCAGCUGGUAGAGUUGUUUGUGCGAUGCAGCUCAAGUGAUCAGGCAACACUUGUCAACUCAGAAAUUCCAAGAGUUCUGAAGUUAAGUUUGUACAAAGUUCCCCAACUAGGAUCAUUGGGGGAGCCACAGAGUAUAUGGGAACACUUGGAGGAACUCACAGUGAACGGUUGUGACGGAUUAAGGAAGUUGCCUCUCUCUAUUCAAACCUCGGAAAACAUCAAAAUAAUAAAAGGAAAAUCAGCAUGGUGGAGCCAGCUGGAAUGGGAUGAUGAAAACUUCAAGGCAAAUUUAGAGCAUUCUUACAAAGAAAGGCAAAACUGAUGACAGAAGGAUCAAAGUUGAGUUGUUUCCUCUGCAUCUCAGGGAAGAAAAAAGAAAAACUUAUUGGAAGCGGCAUUGAAGGAUGUUCGUCUGAAAACAUUUGGCAAAAUCAAGCCAAUGAUUGUACGCCGGAGAAGUUAGCUAUUGUAACUCUAGAGGGCCAGCAUGGAGUGACAAAGAAAUGGACCUUGGACCUAACUCAACCUCAAAAGCUAGCUCAUGAGGGGAGGAUUGCCCAAGACCAUAUAAGGAGACCAAGGACCCUUUAACCCACCGAUGUGGGACUCCAACACGGGGUGGAAGUAGUUCUUCAAGAAAGUUUUAUAGAUCACAGUGAUCCUUAUGUCCUUCUUAGUGCCUCCAAGUUUAUCUACCAGUCCAAUUUUGUUUGUCAAUUCUAACCCCUUGCCUAUGUGUAACUAAUACAUUGCGACAAGAAAAUAUCCAUUAGUCCCUCAAUUUGAAGGACUUUAGUAUUCGGAUUCAUAGGAGUGUCAAUAGGCUUACAUCCCAUCAUUUAUGUCUUCUUGAGAAUGUCUAAGGCGUACUUGCGUUGCAAAUAACAAUACAUGAUCUGGACUGAGCAA